AUGAAUGAAAAGGCACUGAAUGACUUGGAAAUAGCUUGUGCAUUAGAAGAGAUUUUUGGUUUACCUGAUGAUCCCGAUGUGUCAGAUGAUAAUUUGGAAUCCGAUGAAGAAGAUGUGCAGUACAGUACAGUGAAACUUCAAAGAAUUUUAGAGAGCCUUGAUGAGCCUCAUGAUGGAAUUCUAGCACCCACACCUGAUCCACCUGAUAGUCUUAUUAGUAAUAUAAGUAAUGCGUCUGUUGAAAACCAACCUAGUCCAUCACCUCAACCAACCAACAGUGACCGGCUUAGGCGGGCAAGAAUAAUCCAAAAUGCACCCAGUACUUCUGGCACUCAACAGACCUUACGGCGACAACCACAAUCACCAGUAGCAAAUACUAACUCAGAUUCGGAAACAGAUGAUUCAGACGGCGAAGAGGAAACAUGGAAAAAAACUAUGUGGACAACUGAUCGGCCAAGUCCUAGCGUUUACGAUGAAAUUCCGAUGGAACCGGCAAUUAUGUUUAGCAGCCGUACUAGACCUGUAACUGUAUUUGAAAAAUUCUUCACUGAUGAAGUCUACGAUUUGAUAAUAUAUCAAACAAACUUAUAUGCAGAGCAAAGGAAAGAUGAAGGAUGGACACAAUUAGAUAAAAAAGAACUGAAGGCCUUUGUAGGGAUUUUUAUAAUAAUGGGAUACAAUAUUCUGCCUUCUAUUGACCUUUAUUGGUCUUCCGACCCUGGUUUCAGGGUAGAUGAAAUAGCAGAGACUAUGACCGUAAAGCGAUUCAAGAAGAUAUUGCGAAAUCUGCACGUGAAUGAUAAUACACAGAUACCAGAUAAGACAAGCGAGAACUAUGACAAACUUUACAAAAUACGCCCAUUAUUGGAUCUUAUCACUCAGGCAUGUCAGAAAAAUGCCAAAGACUCCUCAUCCCAAAGUAUUGAUGAAUCGAUGAUUCUCUUCAAAGGCCGGUCUUCCAUGAAACAGUAUAUGCCUCUAAAGCCCAUAAAAAGAGGUUACAAGGUAUGGUGUCGCUGUGACAGUAAAACUGGGUAUCUCUAUGAAUUCUACAUAUACACUGGAAAAUCAAAAACCGGAACAGAGGAAGGACUAGGAUCCAAAGUUGUGAAGAUGUUGACUGAAAAGCUGAUAAAUAAAGCACUGGAGGAAUAUCAUAUUAUUAUUACAUUUGACAAUUUCUUCUGUGACUACACUCUAAUGAAAAUGGCAUUUAUGCUACAGGAACUGUACGAAGACACAGAAAACAUCUGCCUGUACUUGUAA